AUGUCCAGCAUAUUUGAGGAAAUCUCAAAAACUGUGGUCCGAGAGCUGGACUCUAGAGGGGAUAUGAUUGCUGUCAGAAGUGCCAUUGAUGCUGACAGAUUCCACUGCUUCUGUCUGGUGAGGGAAAAGGAAAGUUUCUUCAGAUCCCGGUAUUACAAGACAGCCCUCACCCUGAAGUACAUCCUGGAGAGGGAAGAGGGUGAAAGGCUAAUUGAUGAGGUGGAUUCUAUGUCCCCAGGUCGGAAGCUGAAGAAGAAACUACCCCAUAUCUUUGAAUCAAUUCAAGCAAGGAGAGAAAACCUGUAUCUGGUAACAGAAACUCUGGUGAUGGCAAAUGAGGAAACCCGGAGACAUGAGCGGCAAUCUAAAUUUUGUAGCUGGAUGAAUUGGAUCAGCCUCAGUUUUAAGCACAAGAAUCAAACGUCAGUGACGAUCCCCACCCAGUGGGUCCUGGGAUAUCAAAUAAAGCAGCUUGUCUUCCCCAACCCAGAAAGGAUGAAUAUUUGUUUCUUGGGCAAAACAAAAUCCUUUCCAGAUGGAAGGGAUGGUGGUUCAUUCCACCUAGGGAGGUCCUUGAGUUUGAAAAAUUUCAGAAAUAAGAAGAAGGUGCAGGACUUGAGGAGUGGCUUCCAGGAUCUGACUGAGCAGGAGCAAACAGAUGUGCUAAGCUGCCUUACUAAGUUCCGCAGCAACGAUGGUCAUCUGCAGGAUCUAGAGGAAAGAGCGUCUGAGGUCCUGAUCUACGGGGAUCUGCAGAUGGAGGACCCAGCAGGUCCUCUCAUAAGCAGCCUUUUUAAUGCUGCUGGGAUCUUGGUAGAGGCAUGUGCAGAAGCCAUUUAAGCCCUCCUGUAUGCCUUGAUGGAACUGUCCAAAGAGUAUCAGCAGCUUGUGUUUGAGGCCCUGGAGACAGGGAUGCUGCCCCUGUUGGUGGAAAAGGUGGAGAGUACCCUGGAGAAGAAAUGGGGAGAGCAAUACAGCAAUCCCCAUGACAUGGACUCUGACUCUGAGUCCAGCCUCACCACCACCACCACCACCACCACCACCAUCACCCAGUCACCAGCAUGA